AUGCAUGACAAUGUCAGAUUAUCUAGUGAGAUUCAGAUGAUUGAUAUGUUUCAAAUGUACAAGGAAGAGAUGAGGUGUGAGCUUGUAGUUGGUGUGCUUGACAAUGCUGAUUUUGAUGCAUUGGAGCCUCUUUGUGCGGUUCCUCCUGAUGUAGAGUUAGGCAACCUUGCUGCUAACAUGCCUGAUAUGUUUGAUAAUGAUGAAGAAUAUGUUGGAGUAGAUGAUGAGGCUCUGUAUAUUCCGGUGCCAACUACACAGGCAACUAGGAAUGCACAGGAAGCUGAUGGCAAUGCACAAGCAUCUGAAAAUGCAUUUUGUGCUGAUUUUCAUAAUGAUGAUAAUGUUCCUAUUCUUGAUGAGGCAGAGGUUGGUGAUGAAGACCCUUUUCAUGUUCAAGUUCUACAUGAUCCAAAGAAUGCAAAAAUUGAGAAGGGGGAGCUAUUUCCUGAUAUUGUUUCAUUCAGGAAAGCCAUAAGGCAUUGGGCUGUCGUCAAGGGUUUUGAGUUUGCACCUGGGGUCCGAACAGACAAGUCAAGAUUCAUUGCGAGCUGUGCACACCCUACAUGCCCUUGGCGGAUACAUGCUUCUACCAUUUUUGACAAGAAAACGGUACAGAUCAAAGUCUUACCUGCAGAGCACAACUGUCCUACCACCAAGCUUCAAGUAGGUAGAAUGGCCAGCCAGGGUUGGUGUGCAGAUAACCUUGGGGAUUGGGUCAAGCAGAACCCAACUAAGAGAGCCAAGGAGGCUAGAAAAAAGUUGCAGGGUGAUUUUGGCAUACAGCUGAAGUACUCAAAAGUAUGGUCAGGCUUACAGCAAGCUCUAAACCAGGUUCAUGGUAAAUAUGAGGAAAGCUUUCAACUCCUUUUCAAUUGGGCUGCACAGCUUGAACUUAGUUCUCCUGGAAGUAGAGUGAACAUAGAGUUAACUAAGGUUGGUAAAAAGCAUAGGUUCAAAAGAAUAUUUGUUGCUCUAAAGCCAUGCAUUGAUGGCUUCUUAGCUGGUUGUAGACCAUUCAUUGGUGUAGAUGCAUCUGGUCUGAAUGGGAAAUAUACUGGACAGUUGGCUUCAGCGACUGGGGUGGAUGGCCAUAAUUGGUUGUAUCAUAUUGCAUAUGGAAUUUUUGAUUCUGAGACUGAGGAUAACUGGACGUGGUUUCUGGAGAAUCUACAUGCAGUCAUAGGAGACCCUCCAGGUUUAGUGUUAUGCUCAGAUGCUUGUAAAGGGUUAGAGAAUGCUGUGGGGGCUGUUUUCCCACAGGCGGAGAAUAGAGAGUGCAUGAGACACCUUUAUCAAAACUUCAUGAAACACUACUCAGGUGAUGUCUUCACUGAGCACCUGUACCCUGCUGCCAGAAGCUACACUAAGGAGCUAUUCAAGUGGCAUAUCAAUAAAAUCUAUGAAAUUGCUCCAGCUGCAAUUGACUAUCUUCAUACACACCAUAGCAGAAUAUGGUACAUGUGUGGCUUCUCAGAGGAAACCAAGUGUGACUACUUAACAAAUAAUGUUUCUGAAAGUUUCAAUGCUCAGAUUAAAGAGUUCAAGGGACUUCAUAUACAUGAGCUAGUGGAUAGACUGAGGGAGUUGAUAAUGGAGAAGAGGUACCUCAGAAAGAAGGUAGCACAGCAGUGGGAAGAAGGCAUACUACCUAGUGUUAUCAAGGAAUUGAACCUGAUUAGCAAGCAUCUCAAAGUUGUCAAGGUUGCAGUAAGUGAUCCAGACUUUGCAGAGGUGACUAUACUUGAUGAUUGGAAUAACCAGAAAAGGUGCACAGUGGACUUGAAGAAUAAGAACUGCGGCUGCAAGGUAUGGCAGAUUACUGGGAAGCCAUGCAAACAUGCGUUGGCUUGGAUAUUGUCCAAUAGAGGCCUCAAAAUUGAAGAUUAUGUGCAUGAAUAUUAUUCUGUUGCUAGAUUCAAAGCUGCAUAUGAAGGAAGAGUUGAGGCUAUGCCAGAUAGAACACAGUGGCCUGAAUUUCAGCUUGGGUUCAAAGUGCAUCCUCCUUUGCUUGGUAGAGGAGCUGGUAGGCCUAAGACUGUGAGGAUAAGGGGCUGUAUGGAGCAACAGGCCAACAAGAAGAAAGUAAAGUGCAAAAGAUGCAAGGGAUUUGGUCACUUUGAAAAGACAUGCAAGUUGGAGAUGGUAGGUGAAGAUGGUGAGACCGCAAAAUCAAAUAAAAGGAAGAGCCAAGACGAAGGUGGUGCUGCUGGGCCGUCCAAGAAGCCUACCAAGAAAAAGAAGACACCUAAAAAGAAGAAGACUCCUAAGAAAAAGCAGACCCCACUUAAGACCAAGCAAAAUAGAGAUGCAAGUGCUCCUCCAACAACAGUGAUUACAGCACCUAUAAACACUACAAGGGACCAAAGCUACAGCAAUUGGGACACACUCCUUCAUAGCCUCUUGUUUGAUUUGGAUGCGGAUCAGAGGAACCAAGCAAUUGUGACACUCUGUUUGCAGUUCUGCUGGAGGAACGGGGACGGGAAAGAACGAGGCAGCGCACCCUACGGCCAGCCUCUCUUUCUCUCCUCCCCCGCCGCUAAAUUCAGGAACAACCGCACUUCAUCAAACAGCUGGUGUGCGGUGGUGACUCCCGAUCAACAGAUCAAAAGGAGAAUCAUAAUAACAUCUGCCAAUGAAGUGCUGCUGGUGCAGAUCGGUCCCCUCUUGGGUUUCUAA